AUGUCGGUACUCGCAAGGUCUGUACUCGGCGCUCCGCGACUCGCGCGCACCCGGCUACCCACCCGCGCCAUCACUCACUCUCCUUUCCUUCCCCGCGCCAUCGCACGGUACUCUACGCGCUCGGGACACAAGUGGAACUCUUCUCGCGUCCUGAUCACGGCGGCGGCCUCGCUAGUCGCCUUUGGAUCGGCCGGUUGGGCGUGGCACCUCGUCGAGAACCGCGAGCAACAGGGUCAAGGCCCCGAACUCUCGGACGAGUCGAGUAGUCGGGCCACGCAGCACGACAAUGCCAAGUUCCCCACCAUCCUCCAUCCAGCCCUGGACGCGUAUAAGGCCUCUUAUGUGGCCAAAGACUACUCUGGUGCCGAGGCAGUCCUGCGCGGCGUGUACGCUGCCGCGGCCGAGAUGCCUCCUGAGUCUUUCACGGGCUCGCUCGCUGGCGCAAUGGGCAAGCGGAGGGUUGCGCAGGAACUGGCGGCGUUGCUGGCCGAGGUUAUGAUUCUGCAGGGCCGGCCUGUGGACGCAUGGAUCCUAAUGCGCGACGAGUACGACGCCCUCGGCGACACCCCGUUCACUAGCUGGCCAGAAGGGCCCGUGCGUACAGUCGAUGCGUUCGAUGCCGUGCUAUACUUGGCCCGCGAGCUUGCACGCGGUGCACACAUCCAGUCGGAGCGCGAGGAACCGUUGCCUUUUCCAUCCCAAGAGGAGGGGCCGGCGGCCUGGGCCCAGGCAGUGAUGUACUACAACUACGCUCAGGCAGCCGCUAUGCUAGACCUCGGCCUGGCUCACCUUGCUCCCGAGGAGAAGACGGUACACAAUGCCUUCCGACCAGCCGAGGAGGGCGAUCCGCUCGCUGUCCUCGACACCACCGAGGACCCAGAGUACCAGGAGGAGGCGCGGCAGCACACGGCAACUAAAUUCCGUCUCCUCGGCGACGCGCUGUACCGCGACGACCAGCGUCUCCUUGCCUCCCAGUACCUGCAGCUCGCAUUCAACCUCUGCGACCCGGCCAGCCCGCUGGCCAACCACCAGACCCUCCUCGGUGCCGCGCUGGCACAGGAACAGCUCGCUGAAGUCGCCUUUGUCAGCGAGUACCUCCACCACCAGGGCAAGCCUCGCUUCACCAAGGCCAUCCGACACCUCCACCGUUGCCUCGCCCUCCUUGAACGCUCCGAGGAACUCUCGGAACAGCUCGCUCAACAGCGUGGGAGGAAACACGACGAAGCGAGCCAUGCCGCCCUCGUGAACCCUACCCGCAUGCAGACAUUCUUCCACCUGGCCAUGUACGAGGCUGCGGCAGGUAACAUGGACUCUGCGCGUGGCGCGCUCGCCGACCUCAACCACCUCGCUGAGAAGGCGGGCACGCCGACCGUCACAGAGCCUCCCGCACCUGUUGAUGGGCGUGGACGCGACCUCGUAGAGGUGGCUGCUGACCUGGCGCCGUCGUGGUGGAGCGUCAGUGGGUGGUUCAAGGCAAAGGAGCUGGAGACGUCGGAAGCUGCUGGUCUCGUGCCGCCCCCGCGCUGGAAGUGA